AUGUUCAAGAAGAAGCCCGAUAUCAAGAACCUGUCGCCCCUGCGGUCGUCUGACCGGCGGAAGCUUGCGGACCAGAUCAUCCUCGAUUACCGGAUACCGGUCCCGGAGCAGCAGCAGCAGCAGCAGCGACAGCAGCAGCAGUCUGGGGAUGAGGCGUCAGCCCCACAGCCGACCGUGUCGUCGCUGAGGAACUCCCUGCUGCCCGAAUCGACGUCUAGUGCCCGCUUCACCACCACGGCUGGGCCGAACCUAUCCCUGGUAUCUGGCACUAUCUAUGUCGGUGCGCAUCCGGGCCAAGAUGAGAGAAUACUAUGGUUCCAGACGGGCAAGAACCCCAGAAUGAUACCCACCGUCUACACGCUCUGGCAGAACCCCGCCAUCGUGCCGCUACUGCAUACCCCUGACUUUGUGGUCGAGCAGAAGCUGACGCAUGGCUCUGACUUGAUGAUACCAGGGCUUGUGAAAGUCAUGGGAUCGUCGUGGGAUGCGAGGGCGACCGCUGGCGCUGUGGUUGCGGUCGCAGGCAUGAAGAAGGAUACCGUACCGAUGUUUAUUGGCACGACUGAGGUGGACGUGAGCAAACUAGGGGACAACCUCCAAGGACAGAAAGGCGUCGCGGUCAAAGGUCUGCAUUGGGCUGGCGACGAGGCUUGGAGCUGGAGACCGCUGGGUAGUGGUGGCCGGGAAGCGCCAGAAAGCGUCGACGGCUGGGCUGGCCUCACAGGAGAUGCUACGAAUGCAAUGGCUGCAGUUACCCUUGAUGAUGAUAAUGAUGCCGACGGGGGAGUCGAAACACAUGACGGCGGUGUGUCCUUGAGCCAGGGUACUAAGGACGGUGCAGUGAAUCGAGACGAUCUCGCCGAGGAAGUUGAAGAGCGCGAGCCGACGACCAAAGAGGUGGAUGAGGCCUUCCAGCAGGCCUUUCUGUUCGCAGUCCACAAGGCGAAGACCGACAACAAGGGACCUCACUAUGGCUUGGACUUCCCGAUCCAGCCUUCGUUUCUUAUAUCUGGCAUGAUCCAGCCUCAUCUCAAAUUUCAGAACCAGCACUAUAACAUCAAGAAGACCUCGUGGAAGAAUCCAAAGAAGUUCAUCAAGCAUCUGGACAAAGCUGGUCUACUGAAAUCCAAGGACAGGAAUGGUGGCGAGACAGUCAUCCUGGAUAUCGACUUUGACGAUAUGCAAGUUACGAGUUUCCGACCUUACCCCCUGCCGAAACCGAAGGCCACCGCCGAGGGAAGCUCGACCAAGGACCCGAAUAGCGAAGCAGCCGGCUCUUCUACCGAUCCGUCGGUCGGGCAGAAGAUCACGAUCCAAACCGUCUACCGCGCAUCGGCAAAGCUGGUUCCCACACUCCUGCCCUCCAAGACCGAGUUCUACAGCGCGCAGCAAAUCUCCUCAGCGCUGAAGUCGUUCGUCGAGCAGCAUCCAGACCUCGGCGGGCAAGGCGCCUCGAGCAUCAAGCUAGACCCUUUCAUAGCCAACAACAUUCUCGGAUCGAAUCCGGCACACGACGAUAGCAGGACCCUGGCUUCGGGCCGCAUCUUGCGAAGCGCGCUGCAGAAGAGAUUGUUGGAGGACACUCAUCUGUGCCAGCCCUACCACGUGAUCACGCGUGGUUCCGCCGGGUCCGAUCAGAAGCCCAAGGCCGGUCCUCCGCCUCACGUCCACAUUACCAUCGAGAAGCGGACUGGCACAAAGGUCGUCACCAAGAUCUCGAACUUAGAGCCGUUCUUCAUCGACCCUCAACUCCUGACCCCUGAGUUGCAGAAGAAGUGUGCCGGCUCGGCCAGUGCAGGACAGCUGGCCGGCGGCAGGCCUGGUUUGUUGGAAGUCGUGGUCCAGGGAGAUCAGCGGAAGAUCGUGGGCGAUGUGCUGGCAAAGAGGGGGAUCGAUUCGAAAUGGAUCGAUGUCACUGACAAGACGAAGGGAAAGAAGAAGUAA